GCAUGAAGUGAGGCAGCUGCAGCCUUUCCCUUCCCAGCCAUUCCCACUCCACCAAGGUCCUCAGGCCCCCUCCCAGCCUCCUCCCACCGCCACAUCCAGGUUCUAGGUUCAGAUCCUUCUAAAGAAGCACACUCUUUUUCUCUAAAGUGUGAAUGGCUGCUAUGUGCCUUUAGGAUUUGGGUGAAGUUCUCUUAGGUCUGAUGGGAUCCCAGGAAACUGCAGCUUGAGUGUCUGUUCCUUCUCAGCCUCCUCUGUCCCACAAUGUGGGCACACCCCAGCUCAGCCCUCAUGUACCCUCUCCAGUGGUUAUGGCUUCACAUGGGCAGGGCCUCCAAACCUUUGUGCCCACACAUCCCAUGAGCGCAGGGUUUUGGAGGCUGCACCACCCCGAUAUGCGACAGUUAUAAAUUAUUUACCUCCUACUGAGGUAACAUUGUUCACCUUUUAAAGCUAAAUAAAGUUAAGUAAGAUUUUAUAAAAGUAUAAAUAGAUGCUCUACUAUCUCCUUCCUCCACCCCCUGUCUUGCCCCGGUGCUCUGGAGCCCUCACAGUCUUUCCUUACUCUCAUGGAGGACUCCCCAGAUGUGCCCUGCCCCUCCAGGAGACCCCUCCACCCAGUCGACACCUCACUGUGGCCUCACCCACCUCACUGAGAGGCUGCCCAUCUGCCUUGGUGCUUACCCACAACUGGGCAUCCAGCUCCCAGGAGCCCACGUGCUGCACCGGCUGGAGGCAGCAGGGGGACGAGUGUGGGAUCGCGGUGUGCGAAGGCAACUCCACGUGCUCGGAGAACGAGGUGUGCGUGCGGCCGGGCGAGUGCCGCUGCCGCCAUGGCUACUUCGGUGCCAACUGCGACACCAAGUGCCCGCGCCAGUUCUGGGGCCCCGACUGCAAGGAGCUGUGUAUCUGCCACCCACACGGGCAGUGUGAGGAUGUGACGGGCCAGUGUACGUGUCACGCGCGGCGCUGGGGCGCACGCUGCGAGCAUGCGUGCCAGUGCCAGCACGGCGUGUGCCACCCGCGGAGCGGCGCGUGUCGCUGCGAACCUGGCUGGUGGGGCGCGCAGUGCGCCAGCGCGUGCUACUGCAGCGCCACGUCGCGCUGCGACCCACAGACGGGCGCAUGCCUGUGCCACGCAGGCUGGUGGGGCCGCAGCUGCAAUAAUCAGUGCGCCUGCAACACGUCGCCGUGUGAGCAACAGAGCGGCCGCUGUCAGUGCCGUGAGCGCACGUUCGGCGCGCGCUGCGAGCGCUACUGUCAGUGCUUCCGCGGCCGCUGCCACCCUGUGGACGGCACGUGCGCCUGCGAGCCGGGCUACCGCGGCAAGUACUGCCGGGAGCCGUGCCCUGCCGGCUUCUACGGCCUGGGCUGCCGCCGCAGAUGCGGCCAGUGCAAGGGCCAGCAGCCCUGCACGGUGGCCGAGGGCCGCUGCCUGACGUGCGAGCCAGGCUGGAACGGCACCAAGUGCGACCAGCCGUGCGCCACCGGCUUCUACGGCGAGGGCUGCGGUCACAGCUGCCCGCCAUGCCGCGACGGGCAUGCCUGUAACCACGUCACCGGCAAGUGCACGCGCUGCAACGCGGGCUGGAUUGGCGACCGGUGCGAGACCAAGUGCAGCAAUGGCACUUACGGCGAGGACUGCGCAUUCGUGUGCGCCGACUGCGGUAGCGGCCACUGCGACUUCCAGUCGGGGCGUUGCCUGUGCAGCCCCGGCGUCCACGGGCCCCACUGUAACCUGACGUGCCCGCCCGGGCUCCAUGGCGUGGACUGUGCCCAGGCCUGCAGCUGCCACGAGGACUCGUGCGACCCUGUCACUGGUGCCUGCCGCCUGGAGACCAACCAGCGCAAGGGCGUGAUGGGCGCGGGCGCGCUGCUUGCCCUGCUCCUCGGCCUGCUGCUCUCGCUGCUCGGCUGCUGCUGCGCUUGCCGCGGCAAGGACCCCGCGCGCCGGCCCCGCCCCGUCCCCGCCCCCUCAUUCAGGCCCCGCCCCCUCAGGAAGCUCAAGUUUGGGAGGAAGAAGGCGCCCCAGCGGCUAUGCGGGCGCUUCAGCCGCAUCAGCAUGAAGCUGCCUCGGAUCCCGCUCCGCAGGCAGAAGCUGCCCAAGGUCGUAGUGGCCCAUCACGACCUGGAUAACACACUCAACUGCAGCUUCCUGGAGCCACCCUCGGGGCUGGAGCAGCCCUCGCCAUCAUGGUCCUCCCGGGCCUCGUUCUCCUCCUUUGACACCACUGAUGAAGGCCCCGUGUACUGUGUACCCCAUGAGGAGGCGGCAACCGAGAGCCGGGACUCGGAGGCCCCUGCCUCCCCUGCUGAGGCACUGGCGCCCUCGCCCGCGCCGGCGUCGGCUGAGGAGCUGACGCCCCUCCCUGCGUCCUCCGACAGCGAGCGGUCGGCGUCGAGCGUGGAGGGGCCUGGCGGGGCGCUGUAUGCGCGUGUGGCCCGGCCGGCCCGGGCCCGGGGCGAGGCUGGAGGCCUGUCGCUUUCGCCAUCGCCUGAGCGCAGGAAGCCGCCACCACCCGACCCCGCCACCAAGCCCAAGGUGUCUUGGAUCCACGGAAAGCACGGCGCCGCCGCCGCUGCCCGUGCGCCCUCGCCGCCACCUCCAGGUCUCGAGGCCGCGCCCAGCCCCAGCAAGAGGAAACGGACGCCCAGCGACACGUCGGCGCGGCCGGAGGAGCCCGGCAGCCCCCGGGUCCGAGACCUAAUGCCACGGCCCCCGGGGCUUGCCGAGGGGCCAGCCGUCGCCGUACCCUCGCCGCCCCGGGCUCGGGCGCGAGGCCGCGGCCCUGGCCUCCCAGAGCCCACGGACGCUGGCGGUGCCCCGCGCAGCGCCCCCGAAGCCGCCUCCCUGCUGGCCGCGGAGCUGCGGGACAAGACUCGCAGCCUGGGCCGCGCCGAGGGGCCCCCGGGCGCGCAGAGUCCCCGAGAGAAGCCGGCGCCGCCGCAGAAGGCCAAGCGCUCGGUGCUGCUCGCGUCACCAGCCCGCGCGCCCCUCGCGUCCGAGGCCCCGGGGCCCGAGAAGGCGGCGGCUGGCGCGCCCGUGCCGGACACCCCCCGGAAGAAGACCCCCAUCCAGAAGCCCCCGCGCAAGAAGAGCCGGGAAGCGGCGGGCGAGCUGGGCAGGGCGGGCGCGCCCACCCUGUAGCAGGCGGCGACCCCGCGGUGCCCGCAGCUUCCCCCGGCUUAGCAGCGCUGCUUGCCACCCCGCGUCCCGCGCCCGCCCGGCGUCUCCCGCGGCGGCCUCCCGGGGCCCGAGGCCAGGAGCGGCCGGGCGGAGGCUGCGUCUCCGUGGCUCAGGCUCCAGCGGCGGCUCCUUGAUUGGAGCUCGGCGCUUCGGCGGGAAGGCGCCAUCCCGUUGGUCGAGGCCUGACAGGCGCUUAGCUGGCGACUCCCUUCCCACUGGCCGAGUUACGGAGGGCUCCGACCAGCCCAGCUCUCAAAGGCCGAGGACGGGAGGGUUCUGCCACGUGACCAUCUCUUACCCGCCAAGAGUGCACUUGGCUGGGGCUGCCUUCUCUUUGGCUGAGACCAGAGGCACUUCUGCCCCGGCUGCCUCUCAUUGGCCAGGGCCUGGCGCCUCUGGCUGGAGGCUCUUUUCCUUGGUAGCCCGAGGCUACUUCUACUGGCCUUGCUCCGGGGCAUCCGGUUGACCGGAGCCUGGGGAGGAGGGCUGGUCUCUGCUCCUCAGGGGGCUCAGGGCUCCCGGGUUCCGCCCAUCCCCUCCCUUCCCCUCCCUGCGCCCCCAGUCCCAGCCUUCCCAGCCCUGGCCCCUCAGCUGUCGAGCUGGUUUUGAUGGCCUCCCACCGCCUCACACGCCGUGAGAAUCCGAGGGGCGACUCCAGUGGCCUGAGGAGACAUAUUUAUAGCCCCCGGCAGGGCUGCUCCCACCCCAUCUGGGUGCCCCAGGGUCGGCUCCUCCCGGCAGGGGCUUGGCCAAAGCUUUCUUAAUAAAGUGCCUUCUUUCGUCCUGU